CAUGGCUAUCUCUAACAAAAGUUAUUCAUUCCUAAUUCCUCUGUUUGUCUCUGUGACCAUGUUUUUCAUGUUCCCUGGUAAGGUAAAGUCAUCACAGUCAUUAGCUUUUAGCUUCAGCAAGUUUGGUCCUGACCAAAAGGAUCUUAUCUUCCAAGGUGAUGCCAUUUCCACAAACAAUGUCAUACAACUCACUAAGUUAGACAGUGCAGGAAACCCUCUACGUGGUAGUGUGGGAAGAGUGUUACACUCUUCACCAAUGCGUCUUUGGGAGAACUCUACGGCAGUGUCAAGCUUUGAAUCUUUUUUCACCUUUCAAAUAUCAACACCUUACACUUCUCCUCCAGCUGAUGGCUUGGCCUUCUUUGUUGCAGCAUAUGACACUGUCAUUCCUCCAAAUUCUGCUGGGAGUCACCUUGGACUCUUUUCUAACAACAUAAACAACGCUCUCAGAAACUCCUCCACCUCUAGAAACCAAACCACUGUUGGUUUCAAAGAUGUAUCAAACAAUGUUGUUAACAAUGUUGGUAACAAUGUUGUUGCUGUUGAAUUUGACACCUACCCUAAUCCCGAUAUUGGUGAUCCAGCAAAUAAACACAUUGGAAUCGAUGUCAACUCCAUUACGUCCAAGGUAACUACACGGUGGGAUUGGCAAAAUGGGAAAACAGCCACUGCAUACAUCAGCUAUAAUUCUGCAGCUAAACGACUCACUGUUGCUACUUUUUAUGCUGGGAGCAAUACUGUGAUUCUCUCCUAUGAUGUUGAGUUAAAUACAGUGCUUCCUCAAUGGGUUCGUGUAGGGUUCAGUGGUUCAACCGGAGGAGAGACACAAAGAAAUACCAUUUUCUCAUGGUCUUUCACUUCAAGCUUGAAGAACAACGAGGCAUAGGAGGAGAAACAAGACAUCUUUAUUACAACCGUUGUGUGAUCAUAUACGUGGAUCAACUAUAUCUUACAAGCAUGUAAUAUAUAUAUAUAAUAUAUGAUGAGUCAAUAAUGACAAGUAUGGUGUAUACUUGUGUGGUGUUUAUGUAUG